AUGACAGGAGCUUUCUUCUUACUCCUUAAUGGUAGCAACAUAUGUCUUCAUAUAAGUACAGCCAUUAUCGGGAUAUGCACAGGUGCGAUAUCCUCGGCCUCUGUGUCAACAACAGCUGAGCUUUUUGGGGCCAAGAACUUUGGUGUCAACCAUAACAUUGUGGUCGUAAAUAUCCCAAUUGGGUCCUUCUUAUUUGGAGAUAUGGCAGCAUUUCUUUAUCGUAAGCAAGGGCUUGCCAAUGGUUAUAAUGGAAAAUGCAUGGGGGUCAAAUGUUAUCAAACAAGUUUCGUAAUUUGGGGUUCCCUUUGUUUUUUAGGAACCUUUUUGGCCAUAAUUCUUCAUUCGAGAUCUAGAAAGGCUUAA